AUGGGACUCGAUUCAUCCAGAUCGCUGAGGAUCAAGAUCCUACUUCUCAUCGAUACUGCCUUCUUCUUCCUCGAACUCAUCGUCGGCUACUCCGUCGGGAGCUUGGCGCUUGUUGCCGACAGCUUUCAUAUGCUCAACGAUGUCUGUUCGCUAUUGGUUGCACUCUAUGCCAUCAAACUGGCCGGGAACUCGAAGAGGAGUCACGAAUAUUCUUACGGUUGGCAACGUGCAGAGGUACUCGGUGCCCUGAUCAAUGGUGUAUUCCUGCUGGCACUGUGUUUCUCGAUCUUCCUCGAAGCUAUCCAAAGGGUCUUUGAUCCGAUCAAUAUCUCAAAACCACCACUGGUCGUGCUGGUCGGCUCCUUGGGUCUGGCCUCUAACAUUGUUGGCUUACUCUUAUUUCAUGAACAUGGCCAUGCCCAUGGAGGCGGACAUUCACAUCAUGGACAUUCACACUCUCAUUCUCAUUCUCAUCCAGACCAUCUCCCACUCCCGGCGCACCAACACAUCGAUACUCUUGAUUCACAACCCCCCCAGCCCGAAUCUGCUGAUGAACAUACCCCACUUCUACUCUCCGCCUCAGCCCCCUCGUCUUCCCCACUGGCCCGACAAGUUUCCUCUAGUUCGAUCUCAUCCUACGACUCCUCGUCAACCGGUACCAUCUCACCCAAACCCGACAAGCGCCAAUCCUUGAUUUGUGUCCAUCCUGCUCAAACCAGAAACAACAUCCUUAGAGCCGCUGAAUUACAGCGUGACCAGCUCAGUCACCAUCAUUCGAGCUCGCGCACCCAGCCUCCUCCCAAGACUGACAAUCCCAGCAUGCCUCCUGCUCAGACCACCACCGAUCCCGAGGCUUCUCAUCAACAUGGCCACUCCUCUCAUUCGCACAUGAACAUGCGCGCCAUAUUCUUGCAUGCUUUGGGGGAUGCCCUCGGUAAUGUGGGUGUGAUCGUGACAGGGCUGCUGAUUUGGCUGGUACCCAGGAUUGACCAAAACGGAAACGUUGGAAAGAACGGGUGGAUCGUUUACGCUGAUCCUGCAAUCAGCUUGGUGAUCACCGGAAUCAUCUUUACAUCUGCACUCCCGUUGGUGAGAUCUGCAAGUUUGAUUUUGUUGCAAGGGACCCCUUCCCAUGUGAACCUUGGUAGGGUUCAAAAAUCACUCGAGGCCAUCAAAGGGGUUUUGCAGGUUCACGAACUUCACAUUUGGAGCUUAUCUGAACUCAAGUUAGUCGCCUCGGUACACGUACUCAUCAAAAACCAAGACGAUUUUGUCACGAUUAGUCGCCACAUCCGAAAAUGUCUUCAUCAUUAUGGCAUUCACUCCAGUACCAUCCAACCCGAGAUCCUUCUCGAGGAGCAAGUCAACAGUCUAAGAGCAGUGUCGACCAGCUCCACGGUUCCUUCCCCCGCUCGAUCGCGUCCAAACUCUGCCCCACUAACCAAUGUUUCAAAUUUCAUCGACGUGGAUGGAUGUUUGCAACAAUGCGACGAGACAUGUGACCAGGAAGCUUGCUGCCCCCCUGGGAGCAUGCAGUCCCGAAUUACUGCAGGUGAUUCUGGCGCGCCGUGA